AAAUAACUCUGCAACAUCAGUCUUGUUGUAAAAAUUAACAUUUUGUUUUCGUUUAAUUUUCCUGCUUCAACCGAGAAGGAAAAGGAGAACUUCACUCAGCCAUGGCGGAGGAACGCCGGCAGAAGCAGUGUUCUGUCGUCCUGCCCACGGAGUCGAUGAAAGCCAUGGCGGAGUCUAUCGGCGUCGGGCAGUUACAGGAGGACAGCUGCGUAGCCCUCAGUGAAGAGGUCAGCUACCGGAUCAAAGAAAUUGCACAGGAUGCGCUGAAAUUUAUGCAUCACGGAAAACGACGGAAAUUAACCACCAACGACAUCGACAACGCUCUCAAAUUAAAAAAUGUGGAGCCCCUGUAUGGGUUCCAGUCGCAGGAGUUUAUCCCUUUUCGCUUCGCGAGUGGCGGCGGAAGGGAGCUUCAUUUUUACGAGGAAAAGGAGGUCGACCUCAGCGACAUUAUAAACACGCCUCUUCCAAGAGUUCCUCUAGAUGUUUCUCUUAAAGCUCACUGGUUAAGUAUUGAAGGGAUGCAGCCAUCAAUUCCAGAAAAUCCACCACCAGCAUCAAAAGAACAACAAAAGACUGAAUCCACAGAGCCUCUUAAGGUUGUCAAACCUGGGCAGGAGGAGAAAGGUACAAUUCAGGGCAAAGGUCAGAGCACAACAACUCCUGACGGCAAAGGAAAGGAGAAGGGACUCAUCAGGUUGAAACCACGCAGCACGCACGAGCUUUCUGUAGAACAGCAACUCUACUACAAGGAGAUCACAGAAGCAUGCGUCGGCUCCUGUGAAGCCAAGAGAGCGGAAGCCUUACAGAGCAUCGCCACUGAUCCUGGAUUGUAUCAAAUGCUUCCAAGAUUCAGUACAUUUAUUUCUGAAGGAGUCCGUGUAAACGUGGUGCAGAACAACCUGGCUCUUCUGAUUUAUCUCAUGCGGAUGGUCAAAGCUCUAAUGGACAAUCCCACCCUGUAUUUGGAAAAAUACCUGCAUGAGCUCAUCCCAGCUGUGGUCACCUGUAUUGUGAGUAAGCAGCUGUGUUUACGGCCAGAUGUGGACAACCACUGGGCUUUACGAGACUUUGCUGCUCGCCUGAUGGCCCAAAGUUGUAAAACAUUCAGCACUACCACCAACAACAUUCAGUCACGUAUUACCAAAACUCUUACUAAGAGUCUGUUGGAUGAUAAAACCCAGUGGACGACACGAUACGGCUGCAUCGCUGGCCUCGCUGAACUUGGAGCUGACGUGAUAAAGACGCUGAUCCUUCCCCGUCUUUCUGUAGAGGGAGCUCGCAUCAAAGCCGUGAUGGAAGGACCCGUCGUCUCCAACAUUGACAAGAUAGGAGCUGAACACGUUCAAAGUCUCUUAUUGAAACAUUGCGCGACCGUCAUUGCCAAGGUACGACCUCAGCCCGACAACGUGGAGCAGUACCGGACAGACUACGGCUACCUUGGACCCAUGUUGUGCUCCCACGUUAUAAAGGCCAGAACUCAGGCGGCGCUGCAGGCUCAACAAGUCAACAGAACCACGUUAACAAUCACACAGCCUCGUCCCACACUUUCUGUCUCACAAAGUGGACUAAGUGGGUCAGGGGGCCCUCGCACUCCCAGUAUCAUUAAGGUUCCGAGCUCCCUCACCCUCAUGUCCCCAAGACCAGGUACGCCAUCACAGCCGUCUCCCCCGGCAACCAAGUAUAUCGUCAUGGGUACCAGUGCAGGAGCCGCAUCAACGCAGCAGGUCAUCACCCUCAGCUCUUCCCAGUCGGCUUCGCCGGUAACCAGCACUGUUCCCAGUGCCACCUCCACGUUACAACCAUUGGUUAAACUGGAGUCCAGCGGCGCUCCUGGACUCACGGCCUCUCGCCCCAUGCAGAAGUACAUAGUCGUGUCUCUGCCCUCGUCUGCCUCCUCCUCUUUGGAGACGAAGAGCUCCGUGUUAUCAACCUCAAUUUCCUCAGCUUCGCUGGAUGGGAGUAUCAAACUCGAGCGAUCCGAGUCUCCCGGAGCGAGCACUCAGUCACCUCACUGAUACCUGUACAGGUCGCGCAGAUCCUCGUCAAAAAGCUGAUCUGUCUGGAUUGAACCUCAAACUCUGGAGUGGGAUGAAGAGCAACGUGAACUCUUGAUGAUGAAGAGCAAACGUGAACAGAUUUUGUAAAUAUCUUGAUGCCAAGUGAAAGCUGGUCAAUCUAUGAGAUCUCAGUGUUUCACUAUAUAUUCUAACUGAAUUUUUUUUUACCCUAAAAUAAAUUGAUUUU